AUGAAUCGCGGUCGCGUGUCACACGCGCCUCCCCCAAACGACAGCCGCGCAGCAUCCCGCACGGGACCGCACCCCCUUCCCCACUGUCGCCAUCACCGUGAUCCCGCACGCUCACUCUCCUGGUCCCCACCGUCGCCCUACGCGCUUCCCCACCUGCGCAGCUCCCAUUUCCCCACGCAACCACUCCCCGUCGCUGUCUCACCCCAUCCCCCUGGCGAGCGUCCCCGUUGUCCCCCAUGCGCUCCCGCCCUCUCCCCCGCGCGAUCACUCCCCUUCCCCGCCGCCCGUGGUCCCCUACCCCGUCUACAUCUCUCCCCUUCCUCCACGCUAGCAUCCCCUACCCUGUCGCGUUCACUCCCCCCCUCGUCCCUAACACUCCCCUUCCACGUCGCGCUCACACCCUUACCAAGGCCUAACACUCCCCACUGCCAUCGAAAACCUCCCCUAUCCCCACCGCAAGCACUCUCUCCCCCGUCGCUAUCACUCCCUCCCCUGCCCUUAUCACUCCCCCUCCCCAUCGUGACCUUUCCCCUUCCCUAUCAACCUCACGGCCUUCCGCUGUCGCGUUCUCUCCCAUUCCCUCUCGCUCGCUUGCACGUUCCCCCCCAUGCGCGCCCAACCCCCCUAUCCGCUGCUAUCACUCCCCUUCCUCGUCGCAUUCUCUCUCCUGCUCUCUCCCCACACUCCCCACCCUCAUAUCAGUCUCUCCCCUUCCCUCUCUCCGCCCGCGCUUCUUCCCGUCGCCGUCCGUCCUUCACCUCGCCUGACCUUCGUCCAAACGUCAGUACUCUCCCCGUCGCCCGCGCUGUCCCCCUUCCCUCCUUCCCCAUGUCCCCUUCUCUGCUCCCUCCCAUCCCCUCCCCUGCUGCCCCCCAUCCCCUUCCCUGCUUCCCCCCCAUCCCCCUCCCUGCUUCCCCCCAUCCCCUUCCAUGCUUCCCCCCAUCCCCUUCCCUGCUUUCCCCCACCCCCCUCCCCUGCGUCCCCCAUCCUCUUCAAACCUUCCCCUUAUCCCAAGCCCUGCUUCCCCCCAUUCGGUUUCCUGCUUCCCCCCUCCCCUUCCUUCCUUCCCAAUGUCCCCUUCUCUGCUUCCCCCCAUACCCCUUCCCUGCUUCCCCAAGUCCCCUCCCCUGCUUCCCCCCCUCCCGUAGCCUGCUCCCUCCCAUCCCCUUCCCUGCUUCCCCCCCUCCCCUUCCCUGCUUCCCCCCCUCCCCUUCCCUGCUUCCCCAUGUCCCCUUCCCACCUUCCCCUCCUCCCCUUCCCUGCUUCCCCCCAUCCCCUUCCCUGCUUCCCCCCCUCCCCUUCACUGCUUCCCCCCAUCCCCUGACCUGCUUCCCCCCAUCCCCUGCCCUGCUUCCCCCCAUCCCCCUUCCCGGCUUCCCCCCCUCCCCUUCCCUGCUUCCCCAUGUCCUCUCAACACCUUCCCACGUCCCCUGCCCUGAUUCCCCUCAUCCCCCUCCCUGCUUCCCCCCCUCCCCUUCCCUGCUUCCCCAUGUCCCCCUUCCCACCUUCCGCAUGUCCCCUUCCCUGCUUCCCCCCAUCCCCAGCCCGGCUUCCCCACGUCCCCUUCCCACCUUCCCCUUGUCCCCUGCCCUGCUUCCCCUUGUCCCCUGCACUGCUUCCCUUCCUCCCCUUCCCGGCUUCCCCCCCUCCCCUUCCCUGCUUCCCCAUGUCCCCUUCCCACCUUCCCCGCCUCCCCUGCCCUGCUUCCCCUCCUCCCCUUCCCUGCUUCCCCCCGUCCCCUGCCCUGCUUCCCCCCCUCCCCUUCCCGGCUUCCCCUCCUCCCCUUCCCUGCUUCCCCCCGUCCCCUGCCCUGCUUCCCCCCCUCCCCUUCCCGGCUUCCCCCCCUCCCCUUCCCUGCUUCCCCAUGUCCCUCAACACCUUCCCCACGUCCCCUGCCCUGCUUCCCCCCAUCCCCUUCCCUGCUUCCCCCCUUCCGAUUCCCGCCUCGCCCCCAUCCCCCUCCCUUCUCCCCCUCAUCCCCCUCCCUGCUUCCCCCCCUCCCCUUCCCUGCGUCCCCCCAUCCUCUUCGUUCUUUCCCCUUAUCCCAAGCCCUGCUUCCCCCCAUUCGGUUUCCAGUGCUUCCCCCCCUCCCCUUCCCUGUUUCCCCAUGUCCCCCUUCCCACCUUCCGCAUGUCCCCUUCCCUGCUUCCCCCCAUCCCCAGCCCAGCUUCCCCACGUCCCCUUCCCACCUUCCCCUUGUCCCCUGCCCUGCUUCCCCUUGUCCCCUGCACUGCUUCCCUUCCUCCCCUUCCCUGCUUCCCCAUGUCCCCUUCCCACCUUCCCCGCCUCCCCUGCCCUGCUUCCCCUCCUCCCCUUCCCUGCUUCCCCCCGUCCCCUGCCCUGCUUCCCCCCCUCCCCUUCCCGGCUUCCCCCCCUCCCCUUCCCUGCUUCCCCAUGUCCCUCAACACCUUCCCCACGUCCCCUGCCCUGCUUCCCCCCAUCCCCUUCCCUGCUUCCCCCCUUCCGAUUCCCGCCUCGCCCCCAUCCCCCUCCCUUCUCCCCCUCAUCCCCCUCCCUGCUUCCCCCCCUCCCCUUCCCUGCGUCCCCCCAUCCUCUUCGUUCUUUCCCCUUAUCCCAAGCCCUGCUUCCCCCCAUCCGGUUUCCAGUGCUUCCCCCCCUCCCCUUCCCUGCUUCCCCAUGUCCCCUUCCCACCUUCCGCAUGUCCCCUUCCCUGCUGAGCCCCAUCACCAGCCCGGCUUCCCCCCCUCCCCUUCCCUGCUUCCCCACGCCCCCUUCCCACCUUCCCCUUGUCCCCUGCCCUGCUUCCCCCUAUCCCCUUCUCUGCUACCCCCCCGUCCCCUUCCCUGCUUCCCAAAGUCCCCUUCCCUGCUUCCCCCCAUCAGAUUCCCGCCUCGCCCCCAUCCCCCUCCCUUCUCCCCCUUCUCUCCCUCCCUGCUUCCUCCCAUCCGGUUUUCUGAAUCCCCCCCUCCCCUUCCCUGCUUCCCCAUGUCCCCUUCCCACCUUCUCCUUGUCCCCUGCCCUGCUUCCCCUCCUCUUCCCACCGCUCGCUCAACCCCUUACAACCUUUUCCCCCCUCCCCUUCCCUGCUUCCCCCCAUAUUAG